UACAGAGCCACUUGUCAUCAGGAAGGUGCUCUCUCAGCACAACGGAAAAUAUCUCAAUGACUUGACAUGUUCUGGUUGUGAAUUCAGGCUACAAGGGGUCAGUGCUCUAAAAUGAGUCUCUCUGGGGAGAGAGAGGAGGAAGGCCCUGCCUCUAAAAGGAAUGUCUCUGGGGAACAUGGCACCAAAUCUAAGAGACCAAUCAAGCAGGAGAGACCAGCCUCCCCUGUACCCAGCUGUGUGUCCAUGAAGAGUGACCAGUCUAUGGGUCAUCCUAUAAGGUUUAGAGAGGGAGACUUUUCUACUGAACAAAGACCAAUCAAGCAGGAGAGACCAGCCUCCCCUGUACCCAGCUGUGUGUCCAUGAAGAGUGACCAGUCUAUGGGUCUACCUAUACUGUUUAGAAAGGGAGACAUUUCUACUGAACAAAGAAACCAACAGGAGAGAUCAGAGUCAGAGAUUCUCAGUGGUCAGUCUUCCCAGAGUCAUCAAACAGACCUGGCCUCCAUAUUCAGUCUGCUUGAAGAGAAUAUUAUCACAUUUGUGAAGAAUGAGCUGAAGAUGUUCAAGAGGAUUCUUAGUCCAGAACUCCCAGAAGGCUUUGAGAGUCAGAAGCAGGAUAAGAAAGUGGUGGAUGCUGAAGAUGAGAAGCAGGAGAGCAGUGCCAGAGAGGGGGCUCUGAAGAUCACACUGCACGUCCUGAGGAAAAUGAACCAGAAGGAGCUUGCUGACACACUGGAGAAAUAUGAGCUUGCUGUGAUUUGCCAACGUGAACUCAAAUCUAAUCUAAAGAAGAAGUUUCAAUGUGUAUUUGAGGGGAUCGCUAAACAAGGAAACCCAACACUUCUCAAUAAGAUCUACACAGAGCUCUACAUCACAGAGGGUGGAACAGGAGAGGUCAAUAAUGAACAUGAGCUGAGACAGAUUGAGACAACAACCAGGAAACAAGCAAGACCAGAGACUGCAGUCAAAUGUAACGACAUCUUCAAACCCUUAACUGGACAAGACAAACGUAUCAGAACUGUGAUGACAAAGGGAGUCGCUGGCAUUGGAAAAACAGUCUCUGUGCAGAAGUUCAUUCUGGACUGGGCUGAAGGAAAAGCAAAUCAGGAUGUCCAAUUUGUAUUUUCAUUCCCUUUUCGGGAGCUGAAUUUGAUGAAAGAGGACAAACACACUUUCAUUGAACUUCUCAAUCACUUCUCAAUGGAAACCAAACAAUCAGGAAUCUCCAUCUACAACAAGUACAAAGUUCUGUUCAUCUUUGACGGUCUGGAUGAGUGCCGACUGCCCCUAGACUUCCAGAAGAACAAGAUCUGUUGGGACGUCACAGAGUCAACCUCAGUGGAUGUUCUGCUGACAAAUCUCAUCAGGGGAAAUCUGCUUCCCUCUGCUCUCCUCUGGAUUACUACCCGACCUGCAGCAGCCAAUAAGAUUCCUUCAGUGUGUGUUGACCAGGUAACAGAGGUACGAGGGUUCAAUGACCCACAGAAGGAGGAGUACUUCAGGAAGAGAUUCAAUGAUGAAAACCUGGCCAGCAGAAUCAUCUCACACAUAAAGACAUCAAGGAGCCUCCACAUCAUGUGCCACAUUCCAGUCUUCUGUUGGAUUUCUGCAACAGUCCUUGAACACAUGCUGAAACAUAAGAGAGAAGAGAUGCCCAAGACUCUGACUGAGAUGUACACACACCUUGUGGUGUUUCAUACCAAACAGAAGAAUGAAAAGUAUCUUGGGAAAGAAGAGACAGGUCCAGACUGGAAUAAAGAGAGCAUUCUGUCACUGGGAAAACUGGCUUUUCAACAGCUUGUGAAUGGCAAUCUGAUUUUCUAUGAAGAAGACAUGAAAGUGGCUGGCAUUGAUGUCAGUGAAGCCUCAGUGUACUCAGGAUUGUGCACACAGCUCUUUAAAGAGGAAUGUGGGCUGUACCAGGACAAGGUGUACUGCUUUGUUCAUCUGAGCAUUCAGGAGUUUCUGGCUGCUGUAUAUGUGUUCCUCUCAUUCAUCAACAACAAUGAGAAUCUAAUGGCCGAACCACAAUCAACGUCCAGGAACCUUUCUGCGCUGUUCAGAGACAAGCCUAAAGUUGCUGUCUACAAGAGUGCUGUGGAUAAAGCCUUACAAAGUGAGACGGGAAACCUGGACCUUUUCCUCCGCUUCCUUCUGGGCCUCUCACUGGAGUCCAAUCAGAAGCACUUACGAGGUCUACUGACAAAGACAAGAAGCAGCUCACAGACCCAUGAAGAAACAGUCAAGUACAUCAAGGAGAAGAUCGGGGAGAAUCUCUCUCCAGAGAGGAGCAUCAAUCUGUUCCACUGUCUGAAUGAACUGAAUGACCAUUCUCUAGUGGAGGAGAUCCAAAGCUACCUGAGAUCAGGAAGUCUCUCAAAACCCAACCUGUCACCUGCACAGUGGUCAGCUCUGGUCUUUGUGUUGCUGACUUCAGAAAAGGAGCUGGAUGUUUUUGACCUGAAGAAAUACUCCAGAUCAGAGGAAGGUCUUCUGAGGCUGCUGCCAGUGGUCAAAGCCUCCAGAGCUGUUCUGCUGUCAGGCUGUGGAGUCACAGAGGAAGGCUGUGCUUCUCUGGUCUCAGCUCUGAGGUCAAACCCCUCACACCUGAGAGAGCUGGAUCUGAGUAACAAUGACCUGAAGGAUUCAGGAGUGAAGCUGCUCUCUGCUGGACUGGGGAGUCCCCACUGUGAACUGGAGACUCUGAGGCUGUCAGGCUGUCUAGUCACAGAGGAAGGCUGUGCUUCUCUGGUCCCAGCUCUGAGGUCAAACCCCUCACACCUGAGAGAGCUGGACCUGAGCUACAAUCACCCAGGAGACUCAGGAGUCAGACUGCUCUCUGCUGGACUGGAGGAUCCACACUGCAGACUGGAGAAACUCAAUGUGGAACAUGGUGGAGAGAACAGAAUGAAACCUGGGCUUAGAAAAUAUGUCUGUGAUCUCACACUGGACCUAAACACAGUAGACAGACGCCUCUCUCUGUCUGAGGAGAACAGAAAGGUGACAUGUAGGAGAAAGGAGCAGCCGUAUCCUGAUCACCCAGAGAGAUUUGAGGUCUGGGAACAGGUGCUGUGUAGAGAGGGUCUGACUGGGCGCUGUUACUGGGAGGUAGAGUGGAGUGGGAUAAUGGGGGCUGUUAUAGGAGUGACAUAUAAAGGAAUCAGCAGGAGAGGAGGGGGUGAUGACUGUUGUCUUGGAUACAAUGACAAGUCCUGGAGUCUGUUCUGCUAUGACAACAGUUACUCUGCCUGGCACAAUAAUAAUGACACUACCAUAGACGUCCCCCCAUCCAGCUCCCACAGAGUAGGAGUGUAUCUGGACUGGCCAGCCGGCACUCUGUCCUUCUAUAGAGCCUCCUCUGACACACUGACCCACCUGAUCACAUUCACCUCCACAUUCACUGAGCCCCUCUAUCCAGGGUUUAGGGUUUAUGAUGUUGGCGACUCAGUGUCCCUGAAAUAAUUACCUGACACACACACACACACACACAAACAUACACACUG